AUGCUGCCGUUAGACAUAGAUGAGUGUGCUCAGACUACCGGCCGGUGUGGGUCCAACGCAGAGUGCGUGAACGAUCCUGGAUCCUACGACUGCGUCUGUGUGACUGGAUACAAAGCCACCAACACGUCCCUGGCCCCCUCUGGAUCCAACCCGUGCAUCGACAUGGAUGAGUGUGUGAGAUUUUCGAUAGUUGUGGAUAGAUUCAAAGGGUAUAAGCAAACCACCUGCGGCCCCAGCUGUAACUGCACCAACACCAUCGGCUCCUAUUACUGCAACUGUUUCGAUGGAUACCGACUCAACGACCAAAACAAGAUCGCAAGCCUCCACAACCCCUGCCUCGUGCUCUCACGGACAUCCACAACCCCUGCCUCGGUAAGUGCUCUCACGGACAUCCACAACCCCUGCCUCGGUUCUGCCGCGGCUGCCUUCUUCACUCUGAAUGGCAUGGAGAGUCUGCUCAGUCACCAGUACCUGAAAACGGAGAACAGGACAGAGAUGCUUUCAGACGUCAUCACAGCAAUUCUGCCAUCAAUGAACAACACCAACAUGACGGACCCGGUCAACUUCACCAUACAACACAAGAGGUCAACGUAUGAAGCCGGCAUGGUGACCUGUGUUUACUGGAAGGAGGAGAAGAAUGAUGAGGGUGUGGUGACUUCCAUGGGCUGGUCCAAAGAUGGCUGCACCAUGACCUUCUCCAAUGAGAACUACACUGUGUGCAGCUGUGUACAUCUCUCAACAUUUGCCUUGAUUCUACAGAUUGCAGAGCCGCCUCCACAGAACGACUUCCUGGACUGGCUCAACAGGAUCUGCGUAAUAGUGGGACUCUUCUUCUUCGCUCUGGCCGUUCUGACCUUCCUCCUCUGCAGCUGGAAUCCCAAAAUCAACAACACGGCUCGUCUCCAUCUGUGCCUCAACUUAGGCCUCUCCCAUCUCCUGCUCCUGUGGAACGACCGCUUUGUGGAUGACCAGGUAGAACCACUGCUCACUACACUGCACUGA